AUGAAUUUUUCAGAUAGAGCAUCAUUAUCACUAGAUAGGGAUAGAGUAACUUGCUUGCUUUUGAUUAAUACACACUUGAUAAAGAAAUGUUGUAAUAUAUAUAACACCAUGCUCAAUAAUCAACAGUUGAUGCAACAAAUGACGCCAGAAAACAGAGCGAUGUUGUCAAAUGUAUACAAUAAUUAUAUUAGGAGACUCCAAUGCAACUUGGCUACUUUGAACUAUUUAUAUGAAAAAUACCAUUCGACUCAACAUCUGCCUGUGGCAGCCAAGGCUAGUUUCCCUAUGAUAUUGUCUGCUCCUCCGGAUAUGCCUGAAUUGAAUCAAUUAUAUUCAAAGCUUCAAGAGUUAUACCCUGAGGCAGUGCAAUAUUUUAAACUCAAAUUUGAAGAGAGUAGGAAGCAGCAGGCGUUUCCGGUACAACAGCAAAGUCAACCUCAGCCACAACAGCAUUCCCUUCAUCAACAACUCCCACCACAAGCUCAACAACAAGCACUUCAGCUCCCUUCUAAUGCUGUGGCUCAACCUGUGCAACAACAAAGUUUUCGCCAGCUAUCUACAGGUUCAGAACCAGGUCCUCAAAUCAUACCUCAAAGAGUUCCACUGCAACCACACCAGCAACAACAACAACCACAACAGCAGCUCCAACAACAAUUUCAACAACAGUUCCAGCAACAACAGCAACUCCAACAGCAGCAACAGCAGGCUCAGCAGGCUCAACAGGCUCAGCAAUCACAAUCUUUUGAUGACUUGCUUUUAACAGAUGGGUUUAACCCAUCCAGUGAUAGUCUUGGUGGAGCAGGUCCUAGCGAUUUUAAUCCUAAUUACAAUAAUGGUUCGUUCCAGUUGUCUACACUCUCUCCUCAACAAAUAUUGCAACAAGCCAAUGAGAAUACACCUCUAUCCCAAGAUUUCUUAUUUUGA